UGAUAGAGUGUGGUCACGGGACCGGCCUCAGUGUGACCCCGGGCCCGGAGCCGAGUAGAGCCGAGCGGGGCCGAGUGUCGUGGCCGAGCCCGGGGCCGGAACAGGAGCGGACUGGUCCAGCAGCGGGAGCGGCCUGCGAUGGUGGACAGGGCGCGGGCAUUCAAGCGAAGGGUAUUAAAGAAGUUAUAUUGUUCAUCACUUGAAGAAAAGAUAAAAGAAUCAAGGGCAGAGCAGGAACAGAGAGAAGCGGAAAGAAAAACAACUAACAAUGACGCAAUAGGUGCUGCACAAAUUGUUCCUGAAGGCAGAAAAGUCUAUACCGUGAGCUUGCCCUCUGGAUAUGAAGUGUGUGCCACCAGACCCAGUGAAACGGAUGAAUCUGAAGAGUCAAGUGAACAAUCAGAAGGAAGACAUUCUACAAAAAACUUCCAGAGAAAGCGCAAGCGGCAGAGGAAAUGCAAGAGCUCAGUGCACGAGGGCCUGAGUGAAAAGGCACAAACCGAAUUCCAGCAGCCGCGGAGGGUGCAAACUGACAGUCUUCAAGCAGUGACAUUGGAUUCUGCAAAGCCUGAAGCUGAAAUAUUAACGAAAAACAGGAGAAGAAAACUAAAGAAGAAACGGCAUAAAGAGAAGCUGAGGGCUGCUGGACUGGUGACCAAAGCCAUAGCUGUUGAAUUAAUUUAUCAACCAGAUGAGAACAGUAAUGAUGAUAUUGCUGAAGGUGGGAAAAUAGUUGGAGUCAUGGACUCAAAUGAAACCUAGGAAUUGUGCCUCGCUGUUUACCAGCAUUAAUUUACUUUCCUUACACCCCCACCAAAUCAGAGUGCAAGGCAUACAGUGAUUCCAGAAUUGAAAAGUUUCAUUUGUUAUCAUUUUGGUCAGAAAGUUUGGGGAAAAAGUAACUUUUUAAAAAGUAGAUAAAUUUAUACUAUUUAAUGGAGAACCUUUUAAUGACUUUCCCAUCCUGCCUUCUAGCUUAAGCUGAUGACUAUUUUGCCACAUUUACUGUCUUUCAUAGAAACAUAGAUAAUAGAUGCAGGAGUAGGCCAUUUAGCCCUUCGAGACCACAACUGGGGAUGAUCAGCCAUGAUCAUAUCGAAUGGCGGUGCUGGCUCGAAGGGCCUACUCCUGCACCUAGUGUCUAUUGAGACAACACCCUAUUCAAUAUGACCAUGGCUGAUCAUCCACAAUCAGUACCCCGUUCCUGCUUUCUCCCCAUAUCCCUUGAUUCCAUUAGCCCUAAGAGCUAAAUCUAACUCUUGAAAACAUCCAGUGAAUUGGCCUCCACUGUCUUCUGUGGCAGAGAAUUUCACAGAUUCACAACUCUCUGGGUGAAAAAGUUUUUCCUCAUCUCAGCCCUAAUUGGCCUAUCCCUUAUUCUCAAACUGUGACCCCUGGUUCGGGACUCCCCCAACAUGCUUCUACCCUGUCCAAUCCCUUAAGAAUUUUAUAUGUUUCUAUAAGAUAUCCUCUCAUCCAUCUAAAUUCCAGGGAAUACAAGCCCAGUCGAUCCACUUUUUAUUUGUCAUAUUAACUCUAUUUAAUUAUUGGACAUUUGUGUUUGUUUUGAUUUAUUCCAUCAGGGCAAAACAAAGGAUGUUUUUUUUGUUGGUAAAUACUUUUAUAUCAUUAUGCAGUUGUCAUUGUAAAAUUAAAUCUUUUGAUUGCAA